AUGCUGAAGGAGAUGCAGAAGGAGAAAGAGCGCGCCGCGAACGAGAAGAUUGAUCUCCUAGAGGAGAUCGAGAAGCGCGACGACGCCAUCGCUGGGCUCACCGCCGAGCUAGCCCGUGUCACCGAGGCACUCCGCUUGUCGGAAGCACGGAGAGUGCCGGUGGCCCCGCCGUCGGCUCCCGCGCAGACUCCCAGCGAUGGUGGAUCGGCGGAGUCGGCCAGCACGGGGGCUGGAGCCAAGAAAGGGGAUGACAAACCCCCGCCCCCCCCACAGACGGACGAGGAGGCCAGUUACGAGCUCAACGUGGUGCAACCGUGGCGGGAGGCAAAGACUGUGAGGGACGCUUGGCGCCUAUGGAAUUCCGCCACCGCCAAUGACACCCGUCGCCUUUGCGACAGGGUCGCCGAGAAGGGAUUCGUCGCCCGCCACACCCUCCUCACAGGAAAGGGCGCGACGCAGGGUGGGCUCGACACGAAAGUGCGACGCAUGAUGAGGGCCAUGGAUGCGGUGCGCCAGCUACGCGCGAGCGACGGCGACGCCGACACCGAGGCCGUGGUCGACGCACUGAACAGGAUCGCGGCACCGGGCAUUGGGACCUUCUGUGACGCCCUCACGGUGCUCAACCCGAAAACGGAACCGAUGAAGUCGAAAGAGCCUGGCAUGGGAGUCAAGGGGCUGGGCCCCAAGGUUGUCUCUAAGCUUCGCCUCGCCUGUGGGCUUGUCGCGCUCAAUCUGAAGCCGGCCGAAUGGCUCGAAGCCCUCUUUCCAGACACCUGGGAGGAGCAGAUGCCGAAGACCAAGGCCGACCUGGCGAAGCCGACCGCACCUGCCAAGUCGACAGCACCGGCCAAGCCGACCGCACCCGUGCAGCGUCCUCCGACCAAGCGCAAGAAGACGGCAUGA